UUAACUCGUGUAACUUUCUUUUACUUUUGAGAUUUUAUCGAGAUAAGUUCGAUUCUUCGCAAUUAUUUGAUUCUAAUCAAGCAAGUCCAGCAUGUUCAUUCCAAAGGCCAAUCGUGUCGCCAUCUACGAGUACCUCUUUAAGGAGGGCGUAAUCGUGGCCAAGAAGGACCAUCGCGUCCAAAAGCACCCCAAUCUGGAGUCGAUCCCAAAUCUGCAAGUCAUCAAGACGAUGCAGUCACUGCAUUCACGUGGCCUGGUGAAGGAGCAGUUCGCAUGGAGGCACUACUACUGGUGCCUGACCAACGAGGGAAUCGAGGAGCUGCGCAGCUACUUGCACCUGCCCCCCGAGAUUGUGCCCUCCACGCUGACGCGUCCUGCCCGUUCCGAAACAGUGCGUCCACGUACGGGAGCUGGAGGACCUCGAGGAUUCGGAGGUGGAGCCAAGACCGACGAGGACCGCUCCAACUAUAGGCGCAAUCCUGGCGACGGCGGAUUGGACAAGAAAGGCGACGUGGGACCCGGAGCAAGUGACGUCGAAUUCCGCGGUGGCUUUGGACGCGCAUCUCGCUACUAAAGCAUUUGCUGACCUCCAGUUUUAUUGAUGAUAAAUAAAACGAUGUUGAACUACUACUACAAACUUCCCUUCAGAACAGCAUAAAGCAAACUCUCUCUAUUUUAUGUUAUUAAUCAAAAAGCUAUAUUUUAUAGCUAAUAUUUCAAGUCGAUCUGCAGGAUCCGCAAUUUCAAUUGUUGUUAAUGAUUCCAGAAUUCAAAAAUGCAUUCAAAAAUUUAUUUGUUUUGAAAAACUUUCACAAAAAUAAAUAAAUAAGCUUGAAUACAAGGCA